CACUAGUUCAAUCUGCGGGAAAUACGAAGCGCGGAAAUUUCAAACCCAGCAAUAUCGCCGGAAGAGUCAGAUGAAAUAAAAGUGAAAAAUGGCCAUGAACAGUCCCGGGCCGUACACCAACCCAAAGUCCCCGAGGAGUCCGCGUCAGCUUCCCCAGCUGCCUCAAAUGACCUCCAUCACGGGGCAGAGGAGUCCCUGUCUAACACCUCAAAACUUUAGCUGCAAAUCACCGGGCACACCUAGGGUCUUCGAAUUCCCACCUGAAUACUGCCCCGAAACGCCGAAUGCUAAUUUCGUCUUCGAGGAUUUUGGAAAAGUUGAGUCGAUAUCGGGAUCGAGGAAUAAUUUAUUGUCAGAAAGCUCCGGUGGAAAUACAAGUGGAUCCAACAGUUUUGGAAGGAACUCGACUAUUUACAGUCCACAUGCACCUGCGACAAAGAAUCCACGAGGUCCGGCUGAUCCAAAAUCUCCGGUUUUCCAGUUUUGCAAUCCGAGAAAGAACUUUGGGAAGACUCAGAGCUAUCCGUCUAAAAGCCCAGUGUCAACGCCCCCGAUAAUCAAUUCCUCGUCGAGAAAUAAAUCAAUGAGUUGUGGAUCACCUCAGAUUUUCAAUCAGAAGACAGCGAAGUCAUUAGAGUCAGGCAGAAGGAACUCGUGUUUGAAUCUCGGAACUAACAUUUCACCAACGACAAUUGUCACUUCGUCGUCACGCAGUCCAAGUCCUAGGACAACUGAUAAGGAUAGGUUUGAGACUUGCACAAAUCAGGACAGUCGUGACAAAUUCACGAAACUAUCCAAGAGGGAUACCGAGAGUCCUACUAAGGGGGCCAGACAACGACUCGGGAGUUUACAAUUGAACAAGAGUUAUGGGUGUUUGAAUGAGGUCGGUGAGAAGCUGCUAAUGAGGUCGACUGUAAAAAAUAUUGCGAGAAAGUCCACCAGUGAUCUCACUGAGUUCGAUAAUGCCGGGGGGGAUGAGGUGGGAACUGAAGUUACGGUCUUAUCUAGCCCGAGACGAAGGGGCUCGAUGAAGGGCGGAUUGGCUUAUCUGGCAUCGAGACGGGGAUCGCGAGAUAGCCAAGCGUCCAAUCUGUCGAAUGUCAGCAAUGAGGAUGUCGGACCAUUGAAUUUCAGCGCUCAUCCGAGGGGGCGACAGAGGAGAACUUCCAAUUUUCUGGAAUUACCAGACCAUGGGGAAGCCCGCCAUCAAUGUAUGUAUGGCGAAAAAAUAAGACAUCACUCAGUGACAUGCUCACUGUCACAUGCUCGCUGUCCCCCGCUUGUUAUUAUUCAAAUACAAAUUUGUAUUCAUUACCCUGGAUUUUCCGGAGAGGACAAAUUGUAA